AUGUUUUUGCUCUGUGUUUCACUUAUUAGCUGCGUUUCGUAUUCACAAACAACCCACCCAAAAAUUGUGUCUGUAUAUCCAGAAGCUGUCCCUUGUGUCGGUUCACACAAAGUUUCAAUAACAACGGAAGACACAAUCGACACAUCAACUCAACUCUCGUGUUAUUUCAACGAAAACGAAAUGCCAUUCAUUUCAAGCGACGACACACAUGGAACCUGUUAUUCACCAGAUUUUUCGGGGAUGCUAGAACCCCCUGUUUUUGUGGAGUACCUUCUUAUUGAUUCGAAAGGUAAACCACCAAAGCAGAACAUAACAAAGAAAAUGACAUUUUACAACGUGACACUCCGAAGUGGUGUCCAGUCGACAUUUAAGAAAAACCAGGUCCUUUUUUUACAAGGCGAAGGAUUUAUAGAGGAUAAAAACUCACAGUGUAUACUCAAACAACAUAACACGACAUUUAUGGUGAAGGGACUUUUUAGCACUCCAACAGUGUUCAUCUGUUAUAUCGAAGACAUUCUUGGAAAAUUGGUUGGUCAAACUAUGAACAUCACCCUCAACUUAAAUGGUCAAGACGAGUCGCUUUCUGUGUUAGAAUAUCAGUUCACGGAAUUUUCAGAAUCAACACACAUCUUAGCGUUCAUCGUCAUUUCCUUAUCGAUAUUAUUUGUGGUUGUCCUUCUCACUCUUUUGGCCGUUUUCAUUCUGAAGAACAUCUUAAAAAAGAAGACGGAUGUCUUGCAAGACCUUAUCAAUCCCGGAGAAGUGUUGUGUGAAGAAGUCAUUGGCUCCGGUAGUUUCGGUGAUGUCUGGCGAGCGAAAUGGCGAGGUGAGAAUAUCGCAGUUAAGUUGAUUCCAACACGCUCGAUGGUCAAAUCCGACGUUUUGGAAUGUGUGAAAGAAAUACAGUUGAUGCGGCGUUUGACCCACCCAAAUGUCCUUCAAUUUUUUGGCUGUGGUACUGACGAGAACUACAUAUUAAUAGCGAUGGCACUGAUGGAACGCGGUUCCGUCCAUCAAAUGUUGUCCGACAAAAGUUUUUAUUUAUCAUGGCCUCGGCGCCUUCAAAUGCUUCACGACGUUGCAAUGGGGAUGAAUUACCUCCACACCCAAACUCCCCCGAUUAUCCACCGUGAUUUGAAAUCGCACAAUUUGUUAGUUGAUCAGAAUUGGAGUGUUAAAGUGAGUGACUUUGGCUUAUCCGUAACAACAGGAGAAAUGAUUAAAACCACGAUAUGCGGUACCUUAGCCUGGAUCGCACCCGAGAUAUUGAGUGGUCAACCUUACAACACCAAAGUCGAUGUAUACAGCUUUGGUAUUGUUAUGUGGGAAUUCUUAACUCGUGACGUUCCCUAUAAAAAUGUACCUCCCCAGAGUCUUCCCAAUUACGUCACACAAGUUGGCUUACGUCCAAAACUGGCUGGAGAGGUCGACAACGAUUAUUUGGAAUUGAUGACGUUGUGUUGGAAAAAGCAGCCUGUUUUUCGCCCAGACUUUGCAGAAGUCUGCCAACUGCUUUCAGCUUUGAUUGCAAAGAAAGUGGACAUCACUCCUUUGAAUUAA